AUGGAGCAGGAAGAGCAGGUAGAGCAGGCGGUGGCGUCCGUGGAGCCGCCUUCCCUGCUUGGCGUCGACUUCAUCAGCAAAUUGCCUACGGAGAUGAUUGCCUCGAUUUGCGAGCUUCUCGACAAGAGGAGUCUUCACAACUUUAGGAUGACGUCCAAACAUAUUCACGCGCAAAGCUACACCAGCUUCUUUGCCCACCACUUCCGAGUAUCGUCCUUCACCUUCACAAGAGACGGCCUCAAGAAACUGGUUGAGUUCUCCAAGGAUCCGAAUAUAAGACCUGAAAUCAAGGUCAUUAGAUUGAUCCUGGUUGCCUUUCCGAAGCAAGGGAAGGAGCAUCUUUCAGGCUUGUGGCACACACCUAGCGAAGCGAUGGCGGCAAUCUUGGCUGUGGAGGAUGGAGAGUACGACGUAACGGGUGCUAGAAUCAGGCAGAUCAGGAAGUAUCGCAAGAAUAUUCGGCGGAACAGGCGCCGCGCCUACGGUCGCUAUCAGGAGGAUCAGAACCUGUUGAGGCGAAGCGGAGAUGACGUGAACCUGCUCGCUGAAGCACUGCGUCGUCUACCAGCACUCGAGGAGAUAGACACGGUCGACAUCUACGGUGUCGACAGUCCUUGGGGCAGAGGCAAGAUCAUCGAGGACCUCGGGGAGAUGCCAUUCACUGCAUCGAUGGAAUCGUGGAUCCCUAUGAAGCAUGAUACCUACGAAUCCAGGUUCGAAGUUGAGCGGGAGCUAAAGAUUACGAGUGCUCACAGCGUUGGAGCUGUCCUGGGCGCGAUUCGCUGCAGUGUCAUCAAGUUCAACGGAAUACUGGAGCUCAACGGCGUACCACACAGCGUGAGGUUCGCUAAAUGGCCUCACUGCAGCCGACUGUCCCUCUCCGCUACGCCCGCGAGGUCCUUCUCCCUGAGUAUGCUUGCUGAUAUGAAGGACACUCUAUCUGGCCUGAAGGCCCUACGUGUAUCAACGUUUUCCUACGUGGAUAGAAAAUACGAAGACGAUCCAGUCGAGGAGUACGACAUUGAGUGGCUAUACCAGCUCUUGGAGCGUACCACUGGGUUGACCAGCUUCAGUAUGAAUGACAACGGCGCCCGGUCGAACCGCACCAUCGAUCUAGACAUGAUGCAUUCUAUGGAGUAUCGGUCCAUAACCUUCCCUCGGCUCAAAGCAUUCAUGCUGCUGAACGCGGAAUGCGAAACCCCUGUCUUCAUACGUUUCCUUGAGAAGCACAAGACAACACUUCGCCGUGUUUGUCUCGACAACAUCAAUUUCCGCGCGACGACUCCCUUGCAUACUCCAGACGAUCGCGAUACGUUCUUGUUUGUGCGCUGGUCGGAGCGAAACUAUUGGCGUGUCAUUGGAUACCAAUCAGUGUCUACGGAGCUCAUGGAUGAUUAUGCUCAACUGGAGUUCCGGGAGAGUUUGCGGAGUGUCAUUUGCAUGAACGAAGCGCUGCCGGUCGAUUGA